GCGAAACACUGUUUACUCCGAAUUGACGCGAUACAAUUGCGUCUGAGAGACGGAAUACGGAAAAACACGUGUGGGGAUGUAAUCUAUGAUUAUCUUGUUUUGAAAUAUAGGUUUUUAUGCUCAUUUGACUUGAGAACAGGUUUAAGCACAAUGCCGAAAAUAAAAGCAGAAAAGAAGUCCAGGAAGCAUCAAGAAAUUAAAAGCCAGGGUACGUGAAUGAUCUGAUGAAUCCUGGCUCUUAAUAGGUAACUGACAGUAACCCUCUCUGUCCUCAGCCUGGUAUUAUGUUUAAUAAAGAAAUUGGCCAACACAUACUAAAGAAUCCGUUGGUGGUGAAUAGCAUUGUUGAAAAGGCUGCCUUACGACCUACAGAUGUAGUACUGGAAGUUGGACCUGGUACUGGUAAUAUGACGGUAAAGCUCAUAGAAAAGGCCAAGAAGGUUAUAGCAUGUGAAGUGGAUACCAGACUUGUAGCUGAGCUUCAAAAGCGAGUCCAAGGCACACCAAUGGCACACAAACUGCAGAUUAUGGUUGGAGAUGUACUGAAGACAGACUUGCCAUUUUUUGAUGCAUGUGUGGCUAACUUGCCUUAUCAGAUUUCAUCACCGUUUGUGUUUAAGUUGUUGCUUCACAGGCCAUUUUUCAGGUGUGCUGUUUUGAUGUUUCAGAGAGAAUUUGCUCUUCGUCUUGUUGCUAAACCAGGAGAUAAACUGUAUUGCCGAUUGUCUAUUAACACUCAGCUUUUGGCACGUGUGGACCACCUGAUGAAAGUUGGGAAGAACAACUUUAGACCUCCACCCAUGGUUGAAUCCAGUGUUGUGAGAAUAGAGCCAAAGAAUCCACCACCUCCAAUUAAUUUCCAGGAAUGGGAUGGCCUUGUCAGAAUAGCAUUUGUACGGAAAAACAAGACUCUUGCUGCAGCUUUCAAGUCUAGUGCAGUUGAGCAGUUGCUGGAGAAGAAUUACAGAAUUCACUGUUCCUUGCAUAACAUACCUAUACCAGAAGACUUUAACAUAUCUGAAAAGAUCAUGAAAGUUCUACAAGAUUCUGGCUUUAGUGAAAACAGAGCUCGCUCAAUGGAUAUAGAUGAUUUCAUGAAACUGCUUCACGAUUUUAAUUCUGAAGGAAUCCAUUUCUCUUGAAAUGCCAGGCACGAGUAAGACACUUGUACAAAGAAAAGGAAUUUCUACCAGGAGAUGUUGUAGGCUGAGGAUAGAAAACAUUGUUUCUCCCCAUCUACUUGAUCAUCAAGAAUUAAACAAAUAUUUACUCCAUUUACACUGGACAUGCCAGUGUUCAGAACCAUGGGCCAGUUUUCUUGUUGUUUAUACAGUACGAUCUUGUUAAUGAGAAUAUCUUGAAAGACUAAUUAUUUUUUCUAACUUAAACAGUCAAAACAAGCCUAGUUUCUGUAUUUCAGGAGAAGAAUAUUUAAUUCAUUAUUUAUUCCAGAUAAAAUAUUCCCUACAGGGAAUCAUUAGGGUGCAUGUAGAUUUGUUUCCUAUAAUCUCGCAAUUGAAAUAUGUUGAGAUUGCAUACCUGCUACAAUUAUAUCUUUACCAUACUGAUCAUUGAUGAGUUAUAAAUAACUGGGAUUUGAAUGGAAUUUAUUUACAGGUAGAUGAUCCCUAUCUAUGAGGUAACCUUUCAUGUCACAUAUGCUAACAAGACGCCUGUCUGUAAAAGAAAGUGUAACCCUCUCUGUUCUCAAUAUUUUUGUUUUUUUUGAAUUUGAAGUGAACAAUCAUUCACUUUUUCCAGAGUUCAUCAGUUGACUCCGAACAAGACUGAAAGAGACUAAUAAGUUACCAUUUGCCUUUAUUCUUAAUAUUUUACUGUUUACUGGUGCAUUCUGUAUAGUGUUUAUUCAGUAUUGGUGGUUGACAUAUUGGGGUGGCUAAAGACACCCCCAUGGAAACAAUCAUUAUGUGUCUAUGGGAGACACAUUUUUACCAGAUGAUUGCUAUGUACAGUGUUUAUUUUGCCUAGCUGAAGAGAUCAUGAUCUAUGAGUUGUUAACAUUGUAAGGCAUUAGUCAAAUAACAUUACUUUGAAGGGUCAGGAAUUUACUGACUUUUGUGUAACCACAACAGAAGAAGUUGGACAGGGCAAUGGAUGCCUGCCUCACUCCCAGCAGCUGAUCCCUCUAAUAGUAUAAGGUUUCCUUUGAAAUCCAGAAAGAACCACAGGGAGUCUGUGGAGCUCCAAUGUAAGUAUCAGAAAGUAAAAAAAAAAAAAAAAAGCAGAUGGAGUGAACAAGACCAUAUGCAUCUAUCCAGUCUCAACAAGUUAUGAGGUACCUGGUCCUAGAAGUACUCAGGUGCAUCCAUCCUCCACAAUUCAGGUUCUGACUACUGUCAUCUCUAUCUGAGCCCCUUUGUAACCAGCAAGUGGAAUGUCAUGUCAUAUUACAAGCUAGCUAAGCCACAGAAGCCAGUAUUUUUCCCACUUAACAACCAGACACUGGUUUACAUGAAUAAUCAUAAAUUGUCUGCCUAUCUCUAGAAGUUCAAAGAAGGGCUCCCUAUCAUACUCAGUAGCUGGCUACAGAUAUUCUUACUGUUGCAGUUAUGUUUCUAGAUAUGUGAACAGUCCACUGGAAAAUUAAGUAUUAUUAGAAAACAGUAAAUUUCAAACUGUUCAGCACAACGUAACCUGUACAGGUUUUUGUAUUCAUUCAGUUCUGUCUUAAACUGUAUUUUAUAAGCAACAGUAAAGUAAAUAUAAAUUUUGUAAUGUUGAAUAAACAGCUUGAUAUCUCAAUAAAUAUUCAAACACA